AGAUGGUACGUGAGCAAUACACUACAGCCACAGAAGGCACGCACAUAGAGAGGCCAGAGGAUCAGUGUGUCUACAAAAUUGGCAUUUAUGGCUGGAGGAAGCGUUGCCUCUACUUAUUUGUACUUCUUUUACUCAUCAUCCUAGUUGUGAAUUUGGCUCUUACAGUUUGGAUUCUUAAAGUGAUGUGGUUUUCCCCAACAGGAAUGGGUCAUUUGCGUGUAACCAAAGAUGGACUUCGUCUGGAAGGGGAAUCAGAAUUUUUAUUUCCAUUAUAUGCCAAAGAAAUACAUUCCCGGGUGGAUUCCUCGCUGCUUCUGCAAUCAGCUCAUAAUGUGACCGUGAACGCCCGCAACUCUGAUGGAGAAGUCACAGGCAGAUUAAAAGUGGGUCCCAAAAUGGUGGAAGUUCAGAGCCAGCAGUUCCAGAUCAACUCCAAGGAUGGCAAGCCACUGUUUACGGUUGAUGAAAAGGAAGUUGUUGUUGGUACAGAUAAACUCCGAGUAACUGGUCCUGAAGGGGCUCUUUUUGAGCAUUCAGUGGAGACCCCACUUGUCCAAGCUGACCCAUUUCAAGAGCUUAGGUUAGAAUCCCCUACCAGGAGUCUAAGCAUGGAUGCCCCCAGGGGUGUGCACAUUAAAGCACGAGCUGGGAAGAUUGAGGCCCUUUCUCAAAUGGAUAUCAAGUUACACAGUAGUGAUGGGAUGCUUGUGCUGGAUGCUGGCACUGUGUGUCUGCCCAAGUUGGUUCAGGGGACCAGCGGUCCCUCUGGCAGCUCACAGAGACUCUAUGAAAUCUGUGUUUGUCCGGAUGGGAAACUGUACCUGUCUGUGGCUGGUGUGGGUACCACAUGCCAGGAGAGCAGCCACGUCUGUUUGUAG